UCUUCAGCACCUACUCCGACAACCAGCCCGGGGUCCUGAUCCAGGUCUACGAAGGGGAAAGAGCCAUGACCAAGGACAACAACCUGCUGGGCAGGUUUGAGCUGACGGGAAUCCCGCCCGCUCCGCGAGGGGUCCCGCAGAUCGAGGUCACCUUCGACGUGGACGCCAACGGCAUUUUGAACGUGUCUGCGGUGGACAAAAGCACCGGCAAAGAGAACAAGAUCACCAUCACCAACGAUAAGGGCCGGCUGAGCAAGGAAGAGAUCGAGAGGAUGGUGCAGGACGCCGACAAAUACAAAGCUGAGGACGACCUUCAGAGGGAGAAAGUCUCCGCCAAGAACUCCCUGGAGUCCUACGCCUUCAACACGAAGAGCGCCGUGCAGGACGAGAAGGUGAAGGGCCAAAUUAGCGAGGAGGACCGGAAGAAGCUGAUUGAGAAGUGUGACGAGACCAUCAGCUGGCUGGAGAACAACCAGCUGGCUGAUAAAGAGGAGUACCAGCACCAGCAGAAGGAGCUGGAGAAAGUGUGUAACCCCAUCAUCAGCAAGUUGUAUCAGGGAGGAAUGCCCGCCGGAAGCUGUGGAGAGCAGGCACGAGCCGGCUCCCAGGGGCCCACCAUUGAGGAGGUGGACUAAAGUGGCCCUUCACAUGGACUCUAUGAUCACCGGGACUGUUUGAAAUACCACUGUAACCUCCUUUUUUAAGAUGUGGUGAUGAAUAAGUUCUUCCAUGUAAAUAUUGUUUACUGCAGAUGUUUAACAUACAGCUGAAACUAUAUGUCUCACGGUAAAAUAUCCUUUUAUAUGUGACACAUGAGGAUCCAAAAGUUUAAGAUAUCUUCCUUGUAAAAAAAAUUGUUUAUCUCUGAUCAAAACUGUUGUUUAGAAUUAACUG